UUUCAUGUUACUGAUAGCAGUCUGCAAUAAGUCAGUGUUGAGCACGCUAGGACAUGUGGCGUGCAACUCCGAGAGACAAGUGGUUCUUUAUUCAAUGAACAGUAAAUUGUUGUUAAAAUAAAUUUAUAAUAUGGGUGUGUUGAAAGAUAAAGGUGAUAAAAAACAAACAAAAUAUGAGACGAAGAAACUUCCAGCAGAGAAAGACCCGCCCGGUCUUCUCUCGCGUUUGUUCUUCUGUUGGAUGUUCCCUAUAUUCUAUAACGGGACGCAACGGGAUUUGGAAGAAUAUGAUUUAAAGCCGGCGAAACACGUUUACGACUCGAAGCUCGUCGGUGACGCUCUUGAGGAGAGUUGGUUACAAGAAGAAGCUGCUGCUAGGGGUGCCGGUAGAAAGCCAUCGUUCAAGAAAGUGUUAUUUAGAACGUUUGGGUGGUCGUUCGUGCCGGGCGGCAUUAUGCAGUUGGGUUAUGUAUCCUUCAGGACGGGCACGCCCCUGCUUUUUGGAAAACUUUUGUCAUAUUGGUCCGCUGAAUCCACUAUGAGUCGAGAGGAAGCAUCAUAUUACGCAAUCGGCAUGAUUGCUUGUAACUGGAUAGCAGCAUAUUUAAAUCACCAUGGGAAUUUAUUCUGCCAACAAUUCGGCAUGAAACUCAGAAUCGCCACUAGCUCCUUAAUGUUUAGAAAGAUAAUGCGCAUGAGCAACAGCUCUCACGGAGAAACCACUGCAGGGAAGGUGGUGAACCUUUUGUCUAAUGAUUUACAAAGAUUCGAUUUGGCGUUCCUGUUCUUGCAUUUCGUUUGGAUUAUCCCUAUACAAUUGGUAGCGGUUUGCUAUUUGGGUUAUUACCAGGCGGGGUACGCGGCUCUUAUCGGUUUAGCUGCACUCAUUAUUAUAGCUUUACCUAUUCAAGGGUUUCUUGGUCAAGUAUUAGGCAAGAUUCGAGGUCGCACUGCAGAGAAAACUGAUGAAAGGAUUAAAGUGAUGAGCGAAGUUAUAAAUGGCAUUCAAGUGAUAAAAAUGUACGCAUGGGAGGUACCGUUCCAAAAAGUAGUUGACGAGAAGAGGAGAAAUGAAUUGAAGGAGGUGCGGAUGGCGACAAUCCUUCGCACAGUGUUCCUCGGGUUCAUGAUGUUUACGGAGAGGACUGCGCUGUUCCUCACAAUCCUCACUUUUAUCUUACUUGGCAACCCUAUGAGCGCCACUGUGAUUUAUCCGCUGCAGCAGUUUAUGAACGCGGCACAAAUAAACAUAACCCUGAUAUUGCCGCUGGUGCUGUCGUUUACAGCGGAACUCAUUGUCUCACUCAGGAGAAUUCAAGAGUUCCUGAUACUUGACGACAGAGCCGAUUUGAUAGCCACCACUCCGGCGACGCCAACAAGCAACUUGUUCAGAAACGUAAAGGGGAGUUUCCGAGAAUUUCAUCCUGACGCAGUGAGACCGCUUUCUUACAAUCAAAAAUCUGAUACAUUUGUCGCUAGUCAUGCAACCGGUAAUAUGCCGCAAAAAAAUUCAAGAUUAUUACGAAGCAUGUCACACUUUGACGAUGCGGCUGUGCAAAUCCAUGACGUCUCGGCCAGUUGGACUGGAGACCCUAAUUUUCUGGCAUUAAAAAACAUAUCUUUGCGGCUGCGUAAAGGAAAACUUUGCGCCAUCAUUGGACCUGUCGGGUCUGGAAAG